GUUGACUUGGUUGAAUGAUUGAUUGAUUCGAUUGAAUUUUAUUUAGUGAUAACUAUCAUGCACUGUUAAAAUCAGGGAUUAUAAAACAUGAAAUAAAGUAAUACGUGUAUGUACAACAUUCAGAAAGUUGCAAAGACAUAUCCAUGAAAGUUUUCUAAGCACAAGAGUUCAUCUUAUCAGUUUGCACUAGAAAAACUCACUAUAUCUUAAUUUAUCACAAAAACAUGAGUAAGAAGCCCAUAUCUUUCGGCAAAAUCAGUUUUAACAUCGCAAAAGCACCAGAAAAUACUAAAAAUGAAGAAAACACACCAGACACAGCCACCUCAGGUUUCGGUACUUUUGGUCGCACUCUCAUACAGGAACAGAAGGAAAUAGAUGAGAUAACAGACGAUCUGGAGAGUCAGCAUGUGCAGCAAGUCAUGGGGAUCAAGAAUUUUGGGAAGAAGGCCAAGAAUUUCAAUGUGGAGGAGAUGAUGGAACAAGCAAGAAAGACUGCUCAAGAAGUUAGUAAAAAAAAGUUAGAAGAAGAAGCAGCUAAGCCAGCAGAACCGGAAGAUACACCACCAGACGAAGAAGAAGACAUCAUUGGGCCUCUACCACCUCCGGCCAGUGAGAUCCCGACGGCACCAGUACCGGUGGAAAAGAGUAAGAAAGAGCAGAAUGGAGAUGACAGUUAUGAUGAGCUCAGCAGUUCUGAAGAUGAGGAGGAACUGAGCUUGGAAAAGAGGAUACCGAACACUCAUGAGGUGGAAAUGCUGCACGGCUCCAAAGCUGUGGUGGCGCUGGCUGUGGACCCGUCCGGAGCCCGCCUGGCAACAGGGUCCGUCGACUAUGAAGUCUCCUUCUGGGAUUUUGCAGGCAUGGAUUCCUCAAUGCGUUCCUUCCGCACCUUGCAACCCUGCGAGUCACAUCCAAUCCGGGCGCUCCAGUACUCGGCCACCGGUGACUCCAUACUAGUGGUCAGCGGCUCCGCGCAAGCGAAGGUGUUAGACCGGGACGGCUUUGAGAUACUCGAGUGUGUGAAGGGGGACCAGUAUAUCGCUGACAUGGCUAGAACCAAAGGCCACUGCGCGGCCCUGAACAGCGGCUGCUGGCACCCGCACAUCCGCGAGGAGUUCCUGACUUGUUCACAAGAUGGCACGCUCCGGCUGUGGCGCGCCGACGCGCCCCGGCAACACAAGGCGGUGAUCAAGCCGAGACAACAGGGCGGCCUGAAGACUAACCCUACUGCUUGCGCUUUCUCUAGAGACGGUAACACGGUCGCCGCCGGCUGUUUCGACGGCUCCAUCCAAAUGUGGGACCACAGGAAGAACUUCGUCAACACAUCAGUCCUGCUCCGAGACGCGCACCAGAAACAGACCGAAAUCUCCAGCAUCGCCUACUCAUAUCUAGGAUCCUACCUCGCCAGCAGAAGCAAUGAUGAAACCCUCAAACUAUGGGACUUGAGAAACUUCAAGAAACCCCUAAACGUCUUCAGCAAUCUAUUCUCAAGGUAUGAGCAAACUGACUGCGGUUUUAGCCCUGACGAUGCUAUGGUAUUCACCGGAGAGUCUCUACAAAGAAACCAAGAAGUUGGUCGACUGAUAUUUUACAACACUAAAACUUUUGAAAAGGUCACCGAGAUUGGUGUGGCGAAAUCACAUGUCAUUAAAGGAAUUUGGCAUGCGAAGUUAAAUCAGAUCUUUGUGAGCUGCGGUAACGGUGUUGUCAAGUGUUACUAUGAUCAGAAGCGAAGUUUGAGAGGUGCGAAGCUAUGUAUAGUGAAGACACAUAGAAAGAAACAUUCAGUUGAAGUAGUAAGCUCUCAACAGAUAAUAACACCUCAUGCUUUACCUCUAUUUAGACAAGAGAAGUUAAGAACUAGCAAGAAGAAGAUGGAGAAAGAACGGUUAGACCCGGUAAAGUCUCAUCGGCCUGACUUACCAAUCACUUCAGGACAAGGAGGUAGAGUUGCUGCUUCGGGUAGUACGCUCAGUUCAUUCGUGAUCAGGAAUCUAGGGUUAAGUAAACGUGUGGAUGAUGACCAGGACCCGAGGGAAGCCAUUUUGAAGUACGCUAAGGAUGCCGAAGAGAAUCCGUUCUGGGUCGCCCCGGCUUAUAAGAAAACUCCGAAGCCGAUCUUUCAGAAUGGAGACGAGGAUGGAGAUGGGCCUUCGGAUCCGAAGAAAUCGAAAUCGUAAUUUUAUUUGUAAGAAAUAAAUGUUAAAUUAACAUUG